CUCAGGGAUCUCCAGUCAGUUCUUCCUCGUUCCGGGUCCCCGCUGGGCCCCGGGAGAACCCGGAGCCGAUAGGGCCCGACCCAGGGCUCUCGGGGGCGGCGAGGGAUGCGGCUGUCUCCUGGAGGGUUGCGACUUUCGGCGGGAGCUCGAGGCGGGGCUCAGACCUAAGCAUGUCUCUGGGAGCGUCUGCCUGGUCCAGGGGAUACUGCCCGAGGGCGAUACCUACCUGUUGGGCAGGUUGUUUCCUGUCCUGAGGCUGGCACGGUCGGGCUGUCAGCAAAAGAACACAGCGCCCCGGCACUUGGGCUCUCUAAGUGGAGGCGACUGACACAGUUGAAUAAGGCACUGGUUGCACUGCAUGGUAGAAAAAAUAAUGCUCUGGAAAGGAAGAGAAAUGGAAGUGAAAAAGUUGAGCAUUUCCUGGCAAUUCUUGAUAGUUCUGGUUCUGAUCCUGCAAAUUCUGUCUGCGUUGGAUUUUGACCCAUACAGAGUCCUAGGGGUCAGCCGAACAGCCAGUCAGGCUGAUAUUAAAAAGGCUUAUAAGAAGCUCGCCCGGGAAUGGCAUCCUGACAAAAACAAAGAUCCUGGAGCAGAAGACAAGUUCAUUCAAAUUAGCAAGGCUUACGAGAUUCUUUCCAAUGAGGAAAAGAGAUCACAUUAUGACCACUAUGGAGAUGCUGGGGAGAGCCAGGGCUUCCAGAAGCAACAGCAGCAGCGAGAGUAUCGCUUCCGCCACUUCCACGAGAAUUUUUAUUUUGACGAAUCUUUUUUUCACUUCCCUUUUAAUUCCGAACGACGGGACUCAAUUGAUGAGAAGUAUUUAUUGCACUUUUCACACUAUGUGAAUGAAGUGGUUCCAGACAGCUUCAAGAAACCCUACCUCAUUAAGAUCACCUCAGACUGGUGCUUCAGCUGUAUCCACAUUGAGCCUGUCUGGAAAGAAGUAGUUCAAGAACUUGAAGGUUUGGGUGUAGGAAUUGGCGUGGUCCACGCUGGGUACGAGCGACGCCUAGCCCAUCACCUGGGAGCGCACAGCACACCCUCGAUCCUAGGAAUCAUAAAUGGGAAGAUCUCCUUCUUCCACAAUGCAGUUGUCCGUGAGAACCUGCGGCAGUUUGUAGAGAGUCUGCUUCCAGGGAACUUGGUGGAGAAAGUUACAAACAAAAAUUAUGUCAGGUUCCUCUCUGGCUGGCAGCAAGAGAAUAAGCCGCGUGUCCUCCUGUUUGACCAGAUGCCCACCGUACCACUGCUCUACAAGUUGACUGCUUUCGCAUACAAAGAUUACUUGUCAUUUGGAUAUGUGUAUGUCGGUUUGAGAGGGGCAGAAGAGAUGACAAAGCAAUACAACGUCAAUGUCUAUACCCCCACCAUCCUGAUCUUUAAAGAACACAUCCACAAGCCUGCAGAUGUUAUCCAGGUCCGAGGUAUGAAGAGACAGGUCAUUGAUGACUUUAUCACCCAAAACAAGUAUCUGUUGGCAGCCAGGCUCACCAGCCAGAAGUUGUUCCAUGAACUCUGCCCCGUGAAACGGUCUCACCGACAGAGGAAGUAUUGUGUGGUUUUACUGACCGCUGAGGCUACCAAGUUGAGCAGACCUUUUGAGGCGUUCCUAUCCUUUGCCCUGGCAAACACACAGGACACCGUGAGGUUCGUGCAUGUCUACAGCAAUCGGCAGCAGGAAUUUGCCAGCACUUUACUGCCAGACAGUGACACGUUUCAAGGAAAAUCAGCGGUGUCUAUCUUAGAAAGGCGCAACACGGCAGGGCGGGUGGUGUAUAAAACCCUGGAGGAUCCCUGGACUGGGAGUGAGAGUGAUAAGUUCAUCCUUUUGGGUUAUCUAGACCAACUGCGGAAAGACCCAGCUCUUCUGUCAUCGGAAGCUGUGCUCCCCGACUUGACCGAUGAACUCGCCCCUAUUUUUCUUCUUCGGUGGCUCUACUCUGCUUCUGACUACAUCUCAGACUGCUGGGACAGUGUAUUUCACAACAACUGGCGGGAAAUGAUGCCCCUUCUGUCCCUGGUUUUCUCUGCCCUCUUCAUCCUCUUUGGCACUGUCAUCGUUCAAGCUUUCAGUGACUCAAAUGAGGAGCGAGAGUCCAGCCCUCCAGAUAAAGAGGAAGCCCGUGAGAAGACAGGGAAGGCGGAGCCAAGCUUUACCAAGGAGCCCAGCAGCAAGAUUCCUAAAAAAGGCUUUGUGGAGGUAACAGAACUCACAGAUAUAACAUACACCAGUAACUUGGUACGCCUGAGGCCAGGCCACAUGAACGUGGUUCUCAUCCUGUCCAAUUCCACCAAGACCAGCCUGCUGCAGAAAUUCGCUCUGGAGGUCUACUCAUUCACUGGGAGCAGCUGCCUACACUUUUCCUUCCUGAGUCUAGAUAAACACAGAGAAUGGCUCGAAUACUUACUAGAAUUUGCUCAAGACGCGGCCCCAAUCCCAAACCAGUACGACAAGCAUUUCAUGGAGCGUGACUACACGGGUUAUGUGCUGGCUCUGAACGGCCACAAGAAAUACUUCUGCCUCUUCAAGCCCCAAAAAGCAGUGGAAGAGGAGGAAGCCAUGGGGCCGUGCAGUGACUUUGACUCCUCACUCCAUUUGGGUGAGUGUCGAGGGAAGUCUUCCUCUGGCCUUGGACCCAGGCCCAUCAAAGGAAAAUUGAGCAAGCUGUCCUUAUGGAUGGAACGGCUGCUGGAAGGCUCCUUACAGAGGUUUUAUAUCCCGUCAUGGCCUGACCUAGACUGACAGGGUUUCAAAAAAGAGACUCGAACUCUUCAGACUUUUUAACAGGCCCCUGUGAACAGGUAUUUUUCAGGACAUCACAAUGGACAGAGUAUAGAUUUUAGAUUAUUCUUCCAGAACAAUGGCUAGAAGAAUCUUUCCUUUGUCCUGUCCUAACCUAGGAGUGAAAAAUACCACACGUUGACUUCCCCGGAUCAGAAUAUUUUCCUUUGGGUCUUUUUUUCCUCAUUGGAAUGCCACACUAUUUAAAACAGACUGUUCCUUCCCUCUUCCUUUGUCGUCGCUGCCACGUGCUCGCCCCACCCUCCCCUGUCCCAUCUGUGUACCUCUGUGCUGGGCCCUGCAGUGGAGGUGUUGGGGGCGCCUCUCAAGCCGGGUGUGCGGGCGGUCACCUGCCUCCCCCAUCUGGCCUGGGCUGUGCUUCUGCCCCAGCGCUUGCUCUUCCUUUGGCACAACCCACCUCAGGUUCUGGGCCCUGCGUCUGCAUCUCGAAAGAGGCCUAAUUCCAAGCAAUCUUACAUUAAUGAUUUCUCUGGUAGUGAAUAGCUAAAACUAUAUUUGGGGGGCAUCCCCCUACAAUGGCUGGUCAGCCACAGUUUUAAAGGUUAGGGAUAAAUCGGGGCUCUGCCUUUCAGUUCAGUUUUCUUCCCAAGACAAGAGAGGGGCAGCCUGGGCAGGGCCUGAGGCAGCACCUCUCUGAGCACCCCAUUGGCUGCCUCCCAAGCACUAAAGUGUCCUCGGAGGGAUCCGCAUGGCAAGAAGUACUGUAAUGACCUUGAGCCAUUUACCUGUAUGUUUUCAGAUGCCUUGCUGCCUCUGUCAGUUCUGGGGUAUGGGUAUUAGGAGCCAUAACUUGUAAUCAUGUUCUCAGAAUGUAGGGAUAAGCUGCCAUAAGCCAGUAGAUGUUCAACUGAAGACACAUUACUCCCGCUGUGAGUCAGGCUCAAGGAACCUCCUCCCUCCGGUGGUGUCUCCUUAGUAAAAUACUAGACACAUCUUUGUAUCAAGGAACUUAAAAUUUCUCAGCAGUUGUUAUUUUGAACCCUAUUACCCCAAUAGUGCUGUAUCUCCAAGUCCUCUUUCAUGACAAGUGAGCCAAGACACGCUCUAGACUCCCGUUUUGCUCACUUUGAGCUUCUGGCCUAUAUUUCAACGUCUCGUCUUAAUUGUUUUCACUCUCAACAACUGCUUCACCAGUAACAGGAUGAGACCUGUCAUCAGCACCCGUUUGCUGGGCUCCGGUGAACCAUGGACACCAGGCAGGAUUCUACCAGCCAGUUAGAAAGCUUUCCUUUUUUUUUUUUAGAGCAAACUGCCUGGAGUUUGGACAACCUCAAAGAGUUCAAAUGUCAAAGCAAAUUGUCCUUCUGUAAAGUGAAGGCUCAAAAUCAGUGAUGGGACAAAAUAGGUUAAUAACUGCUAUUUUCUUUAAUCAUCAUUGCUUUAAACUAAGCCAUUUGGAUUGAAUGACAGUGACAAGUAAUAAAUUGAGUCCAGAAAUUCUUGUAGUUUUCAUGGAAUCUAUAGCUUUAUUUAAAAAAAUAAUGAAAUCACUGCCAGGCUUUAUUUUUUCCAAGUGAUCCUCUCAAAACGGGUGUUUAUUUUGAUUGCUGUAUCACAUGGCACCUGGCCCAGGUGGGACUGAUCAAGGAAUUCAGUUUUGGCUCUGUGAUGCAAAAUUAUUUUCUGCAUCUCCUCUGGCCAAGUUGCUUAUAUGAGGAGUGGUUUGGUUCAAUGGUAAGUUUUUCAUUUUUUUAGUUUCUGAUACUAAUGGGAUUCCUGACCUUAAUUUCUGAAAACCAAAACACCCCAGAUCUGUUCAUUUUCAAAAAUUUUAUUAAAAAGCACAUUCAGACCACUGCACCUUUCAUUUGCACAAAGAAAGGAAAGCAAUAAUGAUGAAAACAUUCCUAGGAAAUAUUUCAGUCCAAAAAAAUCAUCUAGAGAUCUGUUUGGGGACUGGUAGAUAAUGUCCCCCAAGAGGACACUGAGAAGCUUUUAUUUUAAACUGACCUUGACUCUUGACCACCUAAGCCUUUCCUCCUGAAUGUUGUUUCCAUGAAUUUGUUUACUUCCAUGUCAAAUGUAUGAGCCACCAUCUUGCUCAGCCAAUGCUACUGUUUCUCUUUUUCACAUAUGUAAAUCAAACAGACCCAAUUUUGGCUUUAAGUUAACUUCUUGGUCUUCGGGUAUCUUGGAACUGACAACACUGAUGUUAUUAGAGGUAGGUUUUUCUGGUUAAUACAGUUUAUGCCUCAUGGUUAACAGAUGGGACAGUCACUGGCCUAAAACAAGCCUUUGUAGACACAUGCUCCCAUUUAAAAAAUAUUUUCUCAUUAGGCCCAGGUGUCAGUGGCACAGUCUAUCUAACAUAGAGUUCAUCAGCUCCAACCAAGCAACGUGUCAGUGAGCAAGUCUGCCCUAACUCCCACGAGGCACCACAGUCUUGUUGCCAUCACUGACUAACCAUGAAAAUUUGGCUGUGGUUUUGAAAUAAUGGGUUGAUUUCCUCCUCAUUCAGUACAUACAUUUUUCCUGAUAUAAAAAGAAAUGGGAUCUGACUGUGUUUUAAGUGGUUUGUGUUAUUUGGGGCAAAGGAUUAGGAGCAAACACUCAGACAUUUUUUCCUAAGUGAAAUUACUGAAAAACUGAUGCAGAACAACUUGACAAAUGAAACGCUGCUCACAUCCAAAUACCUGACCUCGUCCUCGGAAAAGAAACACAGCCUGGCAGCUGCUGAAUCUCUCUGUUCUGUGUGUCAAGGAAGAUGAUUAUACUUUCAAGACAGACCUGAAAAGAAGGUGAAUAUUUUGCACUUUUGAUACUCUUAGGAACAAAUAACUUAUUCGGCAAAUGGUGUCUUUUUUAUGUUGUUUUUGUUUUGUAUUGUGAAACAGGCACUGAAGCUGAUGUUAUUUUGUUUUAAGAAUCUUACAGACUGGAAACAGAAAUAAACUAUUUUAAUGUGUGAUGA